AUGGCCCGCCUGGUGGCGAGGGCCGCGGUGGCGCGGCGGUGGCUGAGCCGAGGCGGCGUGCCCCCGGGGCUGGGCGAGAUCCCGCCCGAGGAGCUGCUGCGAAAUGCGACGGUGGCGGAGGAAGAGGCGGAGGACGAAGCGGCGGGGCGCGCGCGGCGGGCCCCCGAGGAAAGCUGCGUGCUGCUGUUCCCCGGGCAAGGCAGCCAGCGCGAGGGCAUGGGGCGGGGGCUGCUGCGCUACCCGGCCGCGCGCGAGCUGUUCCGCGUCGCCGAGCGCGUGCUGGGCUACGACCUGCUGGGCUUGUGCCUGAACGGGCCGCGCGCCGAGCUCGACCGCACGGUGCGCAGCCAGCCCGCCGUCUUCGUCUGCUCGCUGGCCGCCGUGGAGAAGCUGCACCAGCAGCAGCCGGCGGUAGUUGAGAACUGCGUUGCAGCUGCUGGAUUCAGCAUUGGAGAAUAUGCAGCUCUUGUUUUUGCAGGAGCCAUGGAGUAUGCAGAAGCUUUAUAUGCGGUAAAGGUACGUGCUGAAGCCAUGCAAGAGGCAUCAGAAGCUGUUCUAAGUGGAAUGCUGUCUUUGAUUGGCCGGCAUAAUUCAGAUUAUGUUGCUGCUUGCAUAGAAGCUUGCGAGCAUUGUAAAUCAGUGGGCAUAGAAGAUCCUGUUUGUGAAGUUUCAAACUACCUGUUUCCUGAAGGCAGAGUCAUUGCAGGCCACUUGCAGGCUUUGGAGUUUUUACAACAAAAUGCCAAAAAGUACUCAUUUGCACGUGUGAAAAUGUUGCCAGUCAGUGGAGCUUUUCAUACUCGACUUAUGGAGCCAGCAGUAGAACCUUUAUCUGAAGCCCUUGAAUUAAUCAGCAUUCAAAAGCCUCUCAUCCGUGUCUAUUCAAAUGUGAAUGGCCAGAGAUACUCACAGCCAAAACAGAUCAAACAUUUGUUAGCGAAGCAGCUUAUUUCUCCAGUGAAAUGGGAACAGACAAUGCACGUCAUGUAUGAGAGGAAGAAAGGAGUAGGGUUUCCUUACACUUACGAAGUGGGGCCUGGAAGACAGCUUGGAACGAUGCUCAAAAACUGCAAUUUGAAGGCUUGGAAAUUCUAUAAAACCGUUGAUGCUUUCGAAGAUGAGGAAAAAGAAGAAACAUAG